AUCGAUGGUCAGCACUGGGUAAUGAGAAGACCAGAGUCCAAGAGAGAGGUUGACGGAGGAAGGAAGUGGAUACAAGGCAACUUAGCUGGAACGGGGAACGGAAAGAGCACAGAGAGUGGGGGUUUGACAGAGGGUAGUGGAAAGGAGGCAACGGAGACUGGAGCUACACAGAAAUGUGGAGAACAUUUGGCAAGUUUGGAAGGGUAUUUGAUAUUUAUAGCCCACAGAGGAGAAGCAAGAACGGUAGGAGGUUCGGUUUUGUCAGCCAAAUACCCAGAGGGGAAAGAUAAAGGGGUGAUAGUAAGGAGAAUCAUCCCAUCCAAAGGAAUUGUGCAUGGGAAGUCAUAUGCAGAUGCUCUGAGAGGACAUCAAGGUCGGGGAGUCGGGCAAAGCGAAGAGAAGAAACUUGAGAGCCCAUUGAAGUAUGAAGAUGGAAAAAGCAGAGCCCAGGAAAAGCAGAAGCUACAGAAGAGCGGACUAGUAUGGAAACAGAAAAAUAGAGGCGAGGAGUGGUCGGGAUUGGAGUUUAAGGUGAAAAAUGAAGAGUUUCAGUGGUUGCAAGGAAGCUUUGUGGGUGUUGCUCACUCAGUGGAGAUUGUACCUAAUCUACAAGAGAAGUUCUAUAUGGAAGGGUAUUUCUCUUGUAGAUUAAGAGCUAUGGGGGGAAAGCUGGUCCUUUUGGAUGGUGAGGACAAAGAUGAAAUUAAGGAUUUGGUGGAGGGAGCCCUAGAGUGGCUUGGUCAGUGGUUUUCAGAGGUAAAACCGUGGUCUCCCUCAAUGGCAGCAAGAGAAAGAUUCGUUUGGAUAAGGUGCCAGGGAGCUCCUUUGCAUGCUUGGGGCCCAGAAUUCUUUGAAGAAUUGGCAUUAGUUUGGGGGAAAUGUAUUUUCUUGGAUGAUAGUACAAGCAAAAAGAAAAGGCCGACUUUCAAUAGUGACUCAGAGCUGGAUGAGUCUUGGUCGGAUGCCUUGAAUUUUUCAGCAGGCUUCGAUGGAGAUAGCGGGGGAGAAGAAAACGGAGAUAACGCCGGAGUGAAGACUUCAGGUAGAGGAACAAUUCUGAGCAAGGAGAGAGGAUGCAGGUUGGCUGUCACUUCAAACUCAGAAGCAAAAUUUGAAUUUGAAGGAAAGAGUAAUGAUGAGGACUGGUCUAAAAGGAAGGUUAAGCUCUCACAUAGCAGAAUAGGUGAGGAAGAGUCCGUUGAUGUGGUAGCAGAUAGCUUAGAAAUGGAUUUGGAAGAGGAUGACGCAGGGGAGAGAGGAGAUAUUGAAAUAGGUGUGUUAGGAUAUAAGGGGAAGGCUGUCUCAAAUUCAAACCCUGUAGCAAGGUUGGGUAGUUAUGGGCCGGCCUCACACCCCAACUGGGAUCCAUUAGUUGGAUUCGGAACUAAAGGAAGUUGGGCCGGUGAAGGAGAUUCAAUAGAAAAUUGGGCCGAUGAAAGAUUCUCCUGUAGCAACGAGAAGGGAAGUAUAGAAGGGAGCAGGGAAGAGGAGACGAGCACAGCACAGAAAAAGGAGGAAAAAAAGAGAAAGAAAAGGAGCAAAUCGUGCACGGCUGUGUACCAAAAGUCAAUCCUCCUUGGCUUCAUGAAGCAGAAGAAGAAAAGCAGGGGCAGAUGCGGCGCGAGGCAAUCAGAGGAAGAAGUUUCGGUGUUCCUGCCAAACACAAGCAACUCAAUAGCGGGUGGUUCAAUAGUAGAUAGCUGUAUUCAGAAUUGCAAUAGGCUGCUAAAGGAACCUCCCACCAAGAGGAUUGCUUCUGAUAUAUGGGAGUGUGCGAAGAAGAUAGGGGCAGUGGCAGAGGAAGAAGAAUCGGUCAUCAAGAAACUAAAGGAGUUGGAGAAUAGAGAUAAAACAGCAAAGGAGAAAGAGAGCUUAAUGGGCCGGAGCAAGGAACAGAAGGAGUUUGAUUGGGUGGUGAAGGAUUCAGUAGGAUUGUCGGGAGACAUGGUCUGUGUGUGGAAUUCUAAAGCACUCAGAAUGUUGAAAGUUUGGGAGGGUGGGAACUUUAUUGGGAUACAGGGGAGGUUCUUACCGUCUGAAGAGUGGUUGAAUAAGUGGGGGGAGGCAUCUCAGUGGGGACUAAACAAAACUAUAUCCGACCAUUGUCCAAUCUUUCUUAGACACCAGAAAGUGAACUGGGGGCCCAAACCAUUCAGAUUUUUUGAUUUUUGGCUAGAGCAAGAAGGAUGUCAAGAGGUGAUAAGAGAAGCAUGGAGAAAAGGAAAUACUCAUUGGUGGGCCGGAUUUCGCCUCAAAGAAAAACUCAAGAACACCAAAGAGGCGUUGAAGAUAUGGAGCAGGAACCUGGUCCCAGAAAUAGAUAGGAGAAUGAGAGAAGCUAUGUCAGAGAUAUUGCAACUGGAUGUGAAAGGUGAAAUGGUUCAGCUGUCUGAGGAAGAGAUAGAGAGAAGGAAACAGGCAUUCUUGAUUUUGUGGGACAACAUGAGAUACAAAGAGAGUAUGCUGCAGCAGAAAUCCAGGAAAACUUGGCUAGCAAAGGGAGAUGCAAAUACGAAAUUUUUCCAUAAUUGUGUGAAAGGGAGAUGGAAAAGGAGUGAAAUGAAUAGUAUUCAAGUACAAGGUGACCAAAUUACAGAGGUUGGAAAAAUGAAAGAAGAAAUUGCCUCCUUUUUUGAGGAUACAUUCACGGAGGAGCAGUGGAGGAGACCAUCUGUAGAAGGACUCCAAUUCAAACAAAUUGCACCAGCAGAUAAUGAUUAUCUCAUUGCCCCUUCUUCCGAAGAAGAAAUCAAGACAGCGGUGUGGGAUUGUGAAAGCUCCAAAGCACUGGGUCCGGAUGGCUUCAAUUUUAAAUUCAUCAAGAGUGAAUGGGAGACAAUCAAAGGCGAUGUUACUCAAUUUCUUUAUGAGCUUAAGAAGGUGCUAACGGGAUUAGUUGGUGAACAGCAAAUGGCAUUUCUAAGCGGUCGGCAAUUAAUGGAUGGGGUUGUAAUAGCAAGUGAGGUCAUUGAUGAAGUAAAAAAGAAGAGGAAGGAAGCAUUUUUGUUUAAGAUUGACUUUGAGAAAGCCUACGACAAGGUUAGCUGGUUAUUUCUUGAUUUUAUGCUGCAAAAGAUGGGUUUUUCAAAUACUUGGAGGAAAUGGAUUAUGGAAUGCCUAAGAUCAAGUAUGGUGUCGGUUUUGGUCAAUGGCAGCCCUACCAGACAAUUCUCUAUGUCCAGAGGUCUUCGGCAAGGGGAUCCACUAUCCCCAUUCUUAUUUUUGAUUGUCGCAGAAGGGCUUAAUGGGUUGAUUUUGAAGGCUGUUGAGAAGGGUUUACUUGAAGGAGUAGAAGUGGGUGAUAAAGGCUUCAAGAUCACACAUCUCCAAUAUGCAGAUGACACUCUGCUGUUCGGCACAGCUUCUAAGGAAAAUGUAUGGGCUAUGAAGAGCAUCUUAAGGACAUUCGAGCUGGUAUCGGGGCUAAAGAUAAACUUUAACAAAAGUCAGCUAAUUGGCAUUGGUGUAAAGGAAGAGUGGUUAGAAAAAAUGGCAUGGAUUUUGUGUUGCAAAAAAGGGUACUUGCCUUUUAAGUAUUUGGGGAUUCCCAUUGGGGGGAGGAGUGGGAAGCUCUCGUUCUGGAAACCAGUGCUGGAAAGCAUGACCAGAAAAUUAUCCACAUGGAAAGGGAGAUUCUUAUCUCUAGGAGGAAGGAUCACUCUCAUUAACUCAGUGCUGUCCAGUCUACCUGUGUUUUGGAUGUCAGUGUACUUGAUCCCAAAAGGUACAAUUCUUUUUCUUGAUAAAAUCAGAAGGAGAUUUUUAUGGGGAGGAGUUGAGGGAGGAAAGAAAAUAAAUUGGGUGAGAUGGGACAAGGUUUGUAGGGACAAAGAGCAAGGGGGGUUAGGUGUGAAGGAUUUAAGGAAGUUUAAUCUAGCUUUGCUAGGGAAGUGGUGGGGGAGAUUGGUCAACAAGGAGGAUGGAUUAUGGAAAGAAGUAAUUUUGCAGAAAUAUGGUAGGGUCGAGGAACCUAGAUUUAAUUGGUUGAGGGAGGGUUAUGGUUUCGGGUCUAGAUGGUGGAGGGAUAUCUGUAGGUUGAAUUUCAUUGACCAGGAGAAUGUGGGGUGGUUAGCUAAGGGGCUGAAUAUUAAUAUAGGAGAAGGGGAUAGUGUAAAAUUCUGGUGGGAUGAUUGGUGUGGGAGAGGAAUAUUGGCUAACAAAUAUCCAAGACUCUACCUAAUAUCUGUAGGUAAAGACAAUACAGUUUCACAGAUGGGUCGGUGGCUCAAUGGCAGCUGGAUAUGGGGACUGCAGUGGAGGAGAAGGUUAUAUAGCUGGGAAGCUCAGGAAGAGACAGAGGGGGUAUAUACAACAAGAUCAUCGUACAAGGCUCUAACAUUGGAGCUUGAGAGGGAACAACCAGGAGAGACCCUUCAAAAAGUUUGGAAUGCAAUGGUGCCAAGUGGUGGGGAAUUAGAACAGCACUGGACAGAGAUGGGUGUAAGAAAUGACAGCAUAUUUAACGGAAAAGAAGCGGACAAAUGCAGGUUGCUUGAACUGGUUCAACUAAGGUCCUUCAGCUGGUUGAAAUGCAAAAAGAAAGGAUGUCUUUUCUCAGUGUCCGACUGGAUCCAGAACCCGAUUAAAAUGGAGGGAGGGCUUGGAGUUAAAGAGUUGAGAAGUUUCAAUCUCGCCUUGUUGGGCAAGUGGUGGAGCAGACUAGCAAGCGGGGUUAAUGGGCCGUUAUACAAGAUCAUUAAAGGAAAAUAUGGGAGUGGGUUCAAGAGAAUAAUCAUAAAGGAUCCAGCUGGUGGAGGAACAUGUGAUGUGUGGAUUGGGAACCAGUCUCUUGCUUUACAAUUUCCUAGGCUGUUCCUAGUGUCUACAGGAAAGGAUGAUAGAAUCAGUCAAAUGGGCAGCUGGAGAGAAGGAACAUGGAAAUGGUCUGUUCAGUGGGGAAGGCAAUUGUACGAUUGGGAGAAGGAUAAUUGUACAGAGCUUCAGGCCUUACUGGACAAUAUACAACCUGCACAAGAUCAGGAUGACCGGUGGGAGUGGAAGCAUGAUAAAGAUGGUGUGUAUGUAGUUAAAUCAGCAUACAAUCUUCUUGCAAGCAACACCGGUCAUGGAAAGGCAUGGAUACACAAAAGGAUUUGGUGCAGUUUAAUCCCAACAAAGGUCAGUGCUUUCGCCUGGCAAGCCUUACAAGACAAAAUUCCCACAAAAAUCAACCUUUUUAGAAGGGGCAUUUUAACUGAUCCUAACCAAGUGCUAUGUGGAUUGUGUGGGGAAAGCACAGAAGAUAGCAAUCACCUGUUUAUUCAUUGCAGAGUAUCUUGCUCGGUGUGGCACAAAUGCUUGCAAUGGUGGAGGAUAUCAACGGUCAUGCCUAAUACCUGCCAAGAAGCUUUCGAGCAACACCAAUCUCCCUUUAAAGAAACUCCAGUGAGAGCAGGAUGGGAUGUGGUCUGGUCGGCAUUUUUAUGGUCCAUAUGGAUGGCAAGAAACGGGAAGAUAUUUAGAAAUUUUGAGUGUGAAGUCAUCAGAAUUUUUGAAAUUGUUCAACUCAGAGCUUUCAAUUGGAUCAAAGGUAAAGCAAAUGGGUACUCCUUCAACAUGUACGAAUGGAUGCUGGAACCGGUAUUGAGCUUAAAAGCCAAACGGAAGACUUAAAUCGCUCUUUCAAGCGCGAAAAUGCUCUGUUGGGAACUCUUUCAAGCCUGAACCUUUCUGAACCUCUGCUUGCAGCUAGAAGGUUCCGAUAGGUUCAGAUAACUGUGAUGCUGGGUUUUCAGGUUUUGUAAUUUGUACUAAUAGCAGGGGUACCCAUUGUACCCCAUGAAAUAAAAAUCACUUUACUGU